AUGGAGAGUACUGGCAAGCACUUUGUUCUAGUUCACGGGUCUAACCUUGGAGCAUGGUGCUGGUACAAGCUUGUCACCCUGCUCAAAUCCGCUGGUCACCGUGUCACAGCCUUGGACCUUGCCGCAAAUGGGGUGAACCCGAGGAGGCUCAAUGAGGUCGCCUCAUUUUUCGAGUAUGUGCAACCAUUGACGGACUUCAUGGCCUCCCUGCCUCAUGAGGAGAAGGUGGUCCUAGUUGGUCAUAGUUUUGGUGGCCUUUGCAUUUCUCUAGCCAUGGAGCGCUUUCCCGAGAAGAUCUUUGUUGCAGUUUUUCUCACUGCCUUAAUGCCGAAUUAUAGAGAUCCACCAGUUGCCCUCGUACAAGAAUAUUUCAAGAGGAGCUCACCAGACGUUUUCUUGGAUUCCAUAAUUGUAUAUGAUUCAAAUAAACAGCCAGUAUCUGUACUCUUUGGUCCACAAUUGAUUGCAACUAAGCUUUAUAAUGACUCUCCAACGAAGGACGCUGAAUUAGAUAAAAUGUUGGUGAGGCCAACUGGAUUUUACUUGAAUGACUUGAGCAAGCCUCUGCUCACGGAAAAUAAAUACGGAUCGGUCAGUCGGGUUUUUAUAAUAAGUGGAGAUGAUCAAAUCAUUCCAGUUGAUUUCCAGAAAUAUAUGAUUCAGAAUAGCCCUCCUAAAGAUGUGAAGUUCAUAGCUGGAUCUGAUCAUAUGGUCAUGAUUUCGAAACCCAUAGAGCUUUACAUCACUAUGCAGCAGAUUGCUUAUAAAUACAAUUGA